GCUCAGUGUGAUCAAGCGCAGUGCACGCGGAGAAGAUGGCCGCGCACGGGGUUUGGAGCGUCCUGGUGAGCCUAGUCUUUGUUGCCCAUGGCCAGGUCAAGGUGAUGACACCCCGGGAGCUGGUGGGUGCCUUCGCUGACCAUGGCAGGAUCAUGGGGUCCACGUCCACCUUCGGAGCUCCAUUUUACAGGGAUCGGGUGUUGGGCCAGCUGGCCUACGGCCCGUCUUUGACGGGCAAAAACUUCUGCAGCGAGGAGGAUUAUGAUAUCCCUCCGCCAAAGACGCAGAGAGCUGCUGGUGGGCAAGACAAGGUCAGGCUCAUCAACAUUGUCAUUGUACGACGAGGAAACUGCUCCUUCACCACCAAGGUGAAGAUUGCACAGGCAAAAGGAGCUCACGCAGUCAUCAUCGUUGACAGAGAGGACUCGGAUUACACGUCCAGAGAUUUGGCAAACAUCAUCGUGGCGGAUGAUGGCUAUGGGGAUGUGAUUCACAUUCCAUCGGUGCUGAUCUCCAAAGAGGACGGCAGACGGCUCAUCGAAGCAGCGCAAAGGUCGCAGGUUGUUGUGGAACUGGCGUGGGACCUGCCGACGGAUCACGUUGUUACGGUAGACAUGUGGAUGAGCUCUGCCUCGAUAGCAUCCAUGAAGUUCAUCAAGGAGUUUGCGCCGAAACGCCGCGCCCUCAACGAGGUCAUGAUCUUCAAUCCCCAUUAUGCGGUCUUCAGUAUGGACCAAGGCAACCCUGCCGUGUACUCUGGAGUCUGCCUGGACAACCAGCCCAAGUUUUGUGCAGAGGAUCCAGAUGGUGGCGGCGACAUCACCGGCAAAGAUGUGCUUGAAGAAGAUGUGCGACAGCUUUGCAUCCAUGACAAGACAAAGAAAUCGCGAACCAGUUUGGAUGACCUGGUGAAAGGAAAGGCGUCCGUCGAGUAUGCUGCCGAAUAUUGGGACUACAUGGAGAAAUUCCCGGACAGGUGUCCCCUGGACGGCAGCGGCAAGGCCAAGUUUGGCCUUGAAUGCUCCCUGCAAGUAAUGAAAGAGGUGGGGAUUGACACGGCGGAGAUCCAGGCCUGUGCCACAGCGGAGCGCGAUGCGAGACUUAGCCAUGAACUGGAAAACCCCGCUUGGUCGCCGCGGGCCCUGCGGAUCAACGGGUGGCGGUACAGCGGGAUGCUGACGGCCGACCUCGUCGUGCGCGCCGUGUGCUCCGGCUUCAUCCACGAGCCCAGAGAAUGCAGCGAUCUCAUCACGGCUCGAGAUGUCUUCCGGCCCUACAUCCCUGUGCCAUCGGGCGGCGUCAGCCUGGGAGAGCUCCUGGGGUGGCUGUUAGCGACCAUCUCUCUGGGUUUUGUUUGCAUGUUGAUGUACAAGCGCUACUUGAAGAAAGAGAUGCGCACAACUCUUCGGGAAGAGGUGAUGUUGGAGGUGCAGGCACAGAUGGGUGAGUACGCUCAGCUCAGGGGCGCAUAGAACACAAGCCGUCCAAAAUCGAGCGCGCGGCUGAUGUCUUUCGUCUUGCGCUCGCCCCUCCCGCCCGUCCCUGUUGCGUGGAUCAAGGAAUGAACGCACAAAUGCAGAAC